UAAGCAAAUCGCGUGCAGAGGGACAGGCUGCCAGGGCUUGGGCGCUUCUCGGCGAGGGCUCUGCUCUCUUCCCUGCUGGCCACGAUGCAGGGAGCAGCUGGAGUCCUGAAGGAGGGCUUCCUCGUCAAAAGGGGACAUAUUGUUCGUAACUGGAAAGUGAGAUGGUUUGUUCUGCUUCAAGAUAAGCUGCUGUAUUACAAAAUUGAAGGAGGCAAGAAGGAGCCUUCUCCAAAGGGCAGGAUACUUUUGGAUGGCUGCACCAUUACUUGUCCAUGCCUGGAAUAUGAGAACAGACCGGUACGACUUGAAAAAUUACUCCACAUAGUGGAGAGAAUGUGUGACAGCAGUACUGGAAUCAAGAGGACCCGCAACUUGGAGCAAGGCAACAGAUACAAAGAGACCUUCACAGGUUCUGCCCUGGUGGACUGGCUCAUCUCCAAUAGCUUUGCUGUGUCACGGUUCGAGGCCAUCACCUUGGCAUCCAUGCUGAUGGAGGAGAACUUCAUCAAGCCCGUGGGAGCCCGCAGCACUGAGGCCACACGCUACAGUGACCUCUCUGAGCAGUUCCUCGACGACUCCACCGCGCUGUACAUGUUUGCUGAGAGCAGUAAGAAAAAUACCAGUUCCAAGGAAGAGCUGCAAUUUAACAUCUCUGAAUUAAGAGGGACAAUUGUGAAGCAAGGGUUCUUAGUCAAACAGGGGCACAAGAGGAAAAACUGGAAGGUGAGGAGAUUUGUUUUGAGAGCUGAUCCUGCUUUUUUGCACUACUAUGACCCCACUAAGGAAGAAAACAGGCCAGUAGGUGGAUUUUCUCUCCGUGGCUGUCUUGUCUCAGCUCUGGAGGACAACGGAGUCCCAUCAGGAGUGAAGGGCAAUGUGCAAGGAAACCUCUUUAAAAUCAUCACCAAAAAGGACAUUCAUUAUUACAUCCAGGCCAGCUCCAAGACAGAGCGAGCACAGUGGAUUGAGGCAAUCAAACCACUGACAUGAGUAAGAUGGACUCCAUGCCAAAUGACAAGUCACAUUUGUGACCAAGUUUCCUGCUCUCAUUGUCUGGGAGUGUUUUUCUCUUAGAUAGUCUAUUUUUUUAUUUGUAUCACCACAGUGCCUAGCAGUUCCUGGCAGACUCCUAGAUGUCUAGAAGUCAGGUAGAUCCAGAAUAAUUCCCCACCAAGAACUUACUAUCUAACCAAGAGACAAAAGACAACAGGUUGAUACAGAGAAAUGGGGCUUUACAAAGAAACAAUGAGAUAAUAUUCCAAGAUGGAAGUACAAGUAUUCAGUCUACAUCUGACAGAUCCAGGUUGUGCUUUAUCCUAAAGCAGAAGUGUCUUGCUCCUUUUCCCUUUAUAAAGGGUCUCAUAAAACUUAGUUAAGACUGACUGAAUCAAAGUCCUGAAAGGUCCUGGUGUCUGAGGCUGCUGUUCUUACUAUACCACAAGGGUCUUGUGCUAAGCCACAACCCAGCUGCCAGGAUAAUCACUAUUGCAAAACAAACCAGCGGUCUGUCUGUCCAUCCAUCUGCUCUAACAUUUGGCUCUCUGUUAGGCUGGAAAGGAUCAAAGGAUCCUCCCCUCUAGCAUAUAGAUUAUUCUUGUGCUGGUAGUAGCCCAUAGCAGUACAGGACCCUCGCAUCAAAUCAGAACAGUGGCAGUUAUUCCAGACAAUUGCUGGUGCUGAAUAUAUUGGAAGAAAUCAUUCAGCCAUAAAAUCAAGACUUUUCCUCCUGAUUAUCACCAUAAAUCUGUUUAUGUGGAGCACCACUGGGACCAAGAACUCUAAUAGCAGUUCUGACUAUUGCUUUUUCUACUUUAAGCCAUUAAAUUUUCCAUUAUUUGUCUAGUAAACUUGACUUUGAUUUCAUUAAAUAUAAAAAAAAGUUCAGUGCA